AUGGUCUGCCAGUGGGUCCUUGAACGCUGCCGGCUCGGCACAGACACAGGACCAGACGCGGUGGUUCGGCGGGUAAACGGAAACGCCGUUGCGGGCCCCUGUGGGGGCUCGUCCUGCCUUGCUUCCCCGCGGCGUGGCGGCCAGCCGGGCAAUGUUACCUCCAUGUCCAUCCCCGUCAGCGCGGCAUCUGGGUGGCACAAGCUACACUCCAAGGCUGGGAAGAAGGAGAAGGAGCGUGGUGAGAUCCUGGUGAGCAUCCAGUUUACGCGCAACAACCUCACAGCCAGCAUGUUCGACCUGUCCAUGAAGGACAAACCACGGUCACCCUUUGGCAAGCUGAAGGACAAGGUGAAAGGCAAGAAGAAAUACGACUUGGAGUCGGCCUCUGCCAUCAUCCCCAGCAGCAUGGGCGCCCUCGACAUGGAGGAUGACUACGACAGUGGGGGCAAGAAGUCCAAAGUCAAGGGCUUCUUCUUGAAGAACAAGCUGCGCAAGUCGUCCCUGACGCAAUCCAACACCUCCCUGGGAUCCGACAGCACCAUCUCUUCUGCCAGCCUGGGCUUGGCUGCAAACGUUCCUGAGGUAACCAAAUCGCCGAGCAGACACAGCAGCCUGUCCACGGAGCGCUCUGUGAAAGACUACUUGCCAUCUCCAAAGCUGACCCACAAGCGAGCGUUCAGUGACGACGUCUCCCAAGUCAGCCCGGUCCUGGAGCCCAAAGCAAUCCAAAGCCUGAAGCCAAAGAACGAUCCCGUGUCCCGGUCUUCCCUCUGCAUCAACGGGAGCCACGUUUACAGCGACGAGCCCGCACCGAAGAGCCCCGUGUCCGUCCCGCAGAGCUCUGCGCCGCUGCCCGUGCCCAGCGUGCCCAGGCGGCAGGAGGAGGACUUCGGCUUCGCCCCCCUCCAUCCCGACUCCCACCAGGUGCCUUGGGGGGUCGGCAGCUUUGAGAGGACGCAGCAGAGAGACGAGCCCAGGUUCAUCCCGUCUCCUCCCACUUUAGCCUUGCAAGAAGAGCUCAAGGUCUCCACGAAAGCCGUCACUCUCAGUAACCAUCUGGGCAGAGCCAAGAUGGAAGAAAACAGUCGCUUAGAGAACAAGCCGACCCAAGCUGCGAUGCCCAUGGUCUUCUCAGUGGAACCAACGAAGGACAAACAACCCGAGGAGACGAGGAAGGAAGACAAGAAAGCCAAGGGCGGCCUCUUCCACCACGGGGGCAACAAGAGCGACACGGGGAGCAAAGCCCAGGGCGAGAAACCGGGACCCUGCCACGGCUCAUCCGUCCACGCGACGGCAGGGGGAGAUGAGAGGAGUAAAUCCGGCGGCUGGUUCGGUUCGAAGGAGCCCAAGGAGUCCCCGCAGAAACCCAGUCCUCACCCAGUGAAGCCCAUCAGCACCACUGUGCAAGAGGUCUCCGGUGAGAAGAAGCAGCAGCAGAGGUCCAGCCUGACGACCGCUCUGAGCAACGGCCUGGAGAAGCUGAAGACGGUCACCACGAGCAGCAUCCAGCCUGUGGCCCCGUCCUCUCACCCGGAGAAAGCGGACUCGAAGAAGUUAAAGGAUCCUGCUGUACUGGACCAGUCAGCCAAGUAUUAUCACUUGACCCACGAUGAACUCAUCCAGCUCCUGCUGCAGAGAGAGAAGGAGCUGAGCAAGAAGGAGGAGCACAUCCAGGAACUGGAGAACUACAUUGACCAGCUGCUGGUGCGCAUCAUGGAGCAGUCUCCCACACUCCUCCAGAUCCCCCUGGGGGAAAGCAAGACCAAGUAA